AAAAGAUACUCCUCUGAAUCAGACCGAGGAAGAAACCGUGGGGGGAGCAGAGGAUGAGAGGAGGCAGCUGCGCCGCUCGACGGCCCACCGCGCACCCCCGGCCCCGCGACCGUCGGCUCGCCGGUGAACUCGUACUCCGCCAUUCGCCCGCCGCCCUCGCCGGUGAACUUCCUUAAGAGCUGACUGAUCUGCGCUUCCGGUUUCCUUUCAACAGAUACUCCAAUGCCCAAGAGUCGGUUCAUCAACAAAGGCCCAAGAGUGUAACUGACAGAAAGAAGUAUGUGGUGGUGAUCAACAAAGGCCCAAGAGUCGGUUCUCGGUCAGGUGACAAGUUAGAAAAAUCUAUGCCGUGAUGGUUUGUUAACAAUGACCAAGAGACAAGUGCUGUACCAGUCAAGUCUAUACGAUAAAGCAAGAAAGAAUGCAACCACAUACAAAGGAUCCUGCGCAUGGAAUGGGUCCAAUUUUAGUGAGCAGAGCACUGGCAUUUUCUACAGACCAGAAAGCUUGACUUUGUUAACCAGCCAUUACCAGAGAGAGAGAGAGAGAGAGCACAAGAAGAGUUUGCAGACAGACACAUCAACUUCCACUCCUGAGAAGUCAUAAGAACUGUGGAUACAAGUCCCCGUGGUACCAAAUGGCUCCCUUUUUUCUUUGAUUGACCAGGAAGCAUGACUUUGAUAACCAGCAACAACUGAGAAGCGUGACUUUGAUAACUAGCAAUGGCCGGGGGAGGCAGGGGCAGAGCAUAGAAAGAGUUUGUAGAGACAUCAACUAUUCAAUUUCCAAGCUCAGUGUUCGUUCCCGAGGAUACAAGUUCCCCUAGUCCCCACAAAUGGAGAUUUUCAUUUCUGCGUUGAUGGGUGAACUCAUAUCAAGAUCCAUGAGUUCCAUCAUCAAAAAAUACUCCAAGCCACCGGCGGAGGCCGUGGAAGCUAGGUUAGAGAGGAUUCUACUCAGGGGGCAGGUCAUCAUCGACGAGGCAAUGGGGCGGCACAUCACAAACCAUGGAAUGCUCCGGCAGCUUACCAUGCUGAGGUAUGCCAUGUACCAAGGCUACUAUGUGCUUGACACCUUCAGAUGCCAAGCAUACAAAGAAGAGGAGAAUAAUCUGGCUGUGAGUCAAUCUGGGGUGGUGUCCAAAUUUCAUUCUGCACAACGCCUCUGCCUCUCCAGCAGCAACAACAAAAAAACAUCACAAGGGCUUGAAGUGGCCCUCGAAGGUUUGAGAUCCAUGAUUCUUGAUGCCAGCGAGAUGGUCAGGUUCCUGACAACAUAUCCCCGCCUACAUCGUCAGCCUUACAGCAUGCAUCUCUUGCUGGACAAGUGCAUGUUUGCCCGCCAGAGGGAGACAGAAGUAGUUACAAACUUCCUUCUGUGCACACAAUCUUGUACUAGUAGUUUUGAUGUCCUCCCAAUUGUUGGUCCGGAGAAUGUUGGAAAGAGCACUCUUGUCGCUCAUAUCUGCGAAGACGAAAGAGUACGUGACCGUUUCCACCAGAUUGUUUUUUUCAGGCACGAUAAUUUCAGAGCUCAAGAUAUAGCCAAUUUGACAGGCAGAUGUGCGGCAAGACAUGUGAAUAAUGAGAGAUUGAUGAUCAUCGUCGACAUAGUUGGGGAUCUCGACGAAGAUCUGUGGGAAAGCAUGUGCUCUCUUUGCCGACAAAGCACUAAAAGUGGUAGUAAAAUCAUUAUCACAAGCCGAUCUGACAAGAUCACAAAGCUUGGAACAACACAGACUCUAGUACUGAAGCAUCUGUCGCAUGAGGCAUUCUGGUAUUUCUUCAAGGUGAUGACAUUUGGAAGCACGGAUCCCAAGAUGCACCCAAGACUUGUGUAUUUGGCAAUGGAGAUGGCAAAGUUGAUGAAUUAUAAUCUCGCUGAUGCUAGCAUCGCUGCAUGUGUAUUGAGAGCCAAUUUUAACAUCAGUUUCUGGUGCAAGGUUCUGGAAUUACGAAGAGGAUACAUACAAAAUCAUCUCUGUAAGUUUGAUGGGCAUCCGCAUGAACUUCUCAGUGAGAAUAGACCUGUGUAUUUCCAACCAAUGGCUACAACUACUGAAGAUAUUCUUGUUCUUGGUACUAAUCAGACAUGCUCUUCCGAAGAGGAAGUUCCCAAGAUAACGGCCGUAGAUGUUCUGUACGGAACCUCUAGGCCACAAGGGGGAACAUUUAAGGUCCUUGCAUGGAAAUCUCCGAUACCGCCCUACCAUUGCUACAUACAAACUUACGAGAUCCGAGAGCUGCAAGCUAGAGCGAUGAAGAGGAAGCGCCCUCUGGAAUGGUAUUAGCCAUGUUUAGUUUUGCUAAUGUACGCCUUGUAAACUCUUGUGCCACUACUUUCUGCUAUGUUGUAUUACUGAAAAAACAAGGUAUGAUAUGGAGACAUACAUUUCCUUUCAUA